CGGUAAGAAUGAUGGAUCCAUAUUAUCAUUAAUCGGUGGUAUAUAAAUAAGAAUACCUCAGUUUGACGUCCAGUGGUGCAAGGACACUACCACCUUCACUGCUCCCGCUCCCCAGAGAAAGACUAACAUUCUAACCAGUGUGCGUUGGUAGUCACUUGACGGUGUCUGCAGGCAAGGAAAUCACUGAAAAUGGUAAGAACACCCUUCAGCUUAGGCCACCAGACGGAGGCGACAACGGAGAGUUACGGAGCCACAGAAGCCUCCACCACGGGUUAUGCCUCGGAGAGUUACGGAGCCACAGAAGCCUCCACCACGGGUUAUGCCUCGGAGCAUAAGUUCAACCCCGCGGACUGGGCAGUGUUCUCGCUGUUGCUGGUGGGGUCAGUGGGCAUAGGUGUGGUCAGCGCCGUCAGGAGCAGGAGAAAAACCACCACUCAAGAAUUCCUCCUUGGAGGAAAGAAUAUGCCACCAGUAGCAGUCGCCAUCUCCCUUUUGGGCGGUAUAAUUUCAGCCAUCUCCAUUCUAGGUAACCCAACCGAGAUCUAUUUGCACGGCACGCAGAUCACCAUCUCCCUGUUGGGCGCCAUACCGGCUACAGUCAUCAUUAACAAGAUCCUAAUUCCAGUUUUCUAUAACCUCAAUCUGGUUUCUCUUAAUGAGUACAUUGAGCUGCGUUACAAGAGCGUCGUCUUACGAAAGUUGGCCACCCUGGUGACUCUGCUGACGUUUUCUGUAUACGUGGGAUUGUGCCUGUACGCUCCCUCGCUGGCCCUCUCCACUGUCACCAGCCUCUCCACUUUGAACUCCAUGAUUAUCAUGGGCGCCAUCGUCACCUUCUACAUCACCAUCGGCGGAGUCAAGGCGGUGGUGUACACUGACGUGCUCCAGACGUUGCUCAUGUUCGGGGGCGUGUUCGCCGUGGUGGUGAUGUGCUGCAUUGACUUAGGAGGCGUCAGGGAGGUGUGGACGAUAGCGGAGCGUGGCGGAAGACUUGAGUUUUUCAACAUGGACCCCAGCCCUUACGUCCGCCACACCUUCUGGUCCACCUUCACCUUGGGAUUUUUCUUCAUCAUAAAUGUAAUCGGUCUGAAUCAGACAACCUUCCAACGUUUUGCUUCCGUGAGAACAUUGGAAAUUUCAAAAGGAUUGUCUUGGUUCUUCCUGUUUGGACUGUGGUGUCUCUGGUGCCUCUUCUUCUUCUCCGGCCUGGUCGCCUACGCCGUCUACAAUACGUGCGACCCUUACACCUCAGAGAAGAUCAGCAAACCAGAUCAGAUCAUUCCCUUCCUGGUAACCGACAAACUAGGACACAUUCCCGGAAUGGCAGGUCUCUUCGUGGCGUCUGUGUACGGCGGGGUGCUUAGCACACUUUCCUCCACGGGAAACUCUGCGGCCUGCCUCAUAUGGGAGGACUUUCUCAAACCUUUUCCCUACUUUUCGAGCCUCAGUGAGUCCUCAGCCACCUGCGUGAUCAAGAUCUUAUCCUCUUUCACCGGCGUAAUGGCAGUCAGUCUGGGGAUGGUUAUGGGCAAGCUGGGAAACCUAUUUCACGUUGUGGUGAGCAUAACCAGUGCCAUCACCGGGCCCCUCUCCGGCGUGUUUCUGGCUGGUAUCCUGCUUCCUUGGGUUGAUAAAAAGGGUGCGCUUUUGGCUUUCUGGUAUCCCUCUCCUACAAUAUGUGGAUGGUGAUCGGCAAGUUCAUAAGAGGCAGUGGACACCCAGAAAAGUUGCCGCUUUCCAUGGCCACUUGUGGGGUUUCUUCAACACCACCCUGGAGGAUCUCGUCCACACCACCACGGCCUCCUCUUCUCUAUACUCCACCACAGUCCCUACCACGCUCGGCAUGGAAGAGUAUGUAAUGAGUGGUAUCAUUCACAGUGCUUAUGAUAUCUGCUGAGUGAGAUUAUGGUGACUGUUUUUGGGAAGAUCGAAUAACUUCUUACCAUAAAGUAAACUUAGAAAUAUUGCACAAAUUACCAAAUAACUAUCCCUUCUUCUUCACUGACACUCAACUGUCUCCCUCUUCUUCAACGAACA